GCUUAUUGUCUCGCGGGACCGCGGCUGGCAGACGGGCUUUCAGGCGGCCCUGGCCGGGGAAGAGGAGUUGCAUGUGUCGCUUCAGCUGGCGGUAGUGGCGGGAGCGGAGGCGGCGGGGGUUGUGCGACCGCCUGGGUUUGUGAGAUGGCUGCUGAUAUUUCUGAAUCCGGUGGGCAUGAUUGCAAAGGAGAGCCGAGGGGCAAUACCAAGUUAGAUGCAGACUACCCACUUCGAGUCCUCUACUGUGGAGUCUGCUCAUUACCAACAGAGUACUGUGAAUAUAUGCCUGAUGUCGCUAAAUGUCGACAGUGGUUAGAGAAGAAUUUUCCAAAUGAGUUUGCAAAACUUACUGUAGAAAAUUCGCCCAAACAAGAAUCUGGAAUUAGUGAGGGUCAAGGCACAGCAGGGGAAGAAGAAGAGAAGAAAAAGCAGAAGAGAGGUGGAAGGGGUCAAAUAAAGCAAAAAAAGAAGACUGUACCACAAAAGGUUACGAUAGCCAAAAUUCCCAGAGCAAAGAAGAAAUAUGUAACAAGAGUAUGUGGCCUUGCAACUUUUGAAAUUGAUCUAAAAGAAGCACAAAGAUUUUUUGCUCAAAAAUUCUCCUGUGGUGCCUCAGUGACAGGAGAGGAUGAAAUCAUCAUUCAGGGAGACUUUACAGAUGACAUAGUUGAUGUCAUUCAGGAAAAAUGGCCAGAGGUGGAUGAUGAUAGCAUCGAAGAUCUUGGAGAAGUAAAGAAGUGAUUUUGAAAAUUUGUCUCUAUUUAAUGAUUUGAACUGAGAGUUGAUAUGGCCAAAGGGAGAGAGGCCUUUUAAAAAUAUAUAUAUUUAUCCUACAGUAAAACUGUAGACUACCCUCACCCUUGGCAUUUUCACUGUUCUGUAUAAGGCUGCUUGUUUUUUUUAUUGCCAAAGUCUAAUAAACAGGGGAGACUGUCAUGCUUAUGCAUGAAAUAGAAUUUAGUCAAAUAAAAAUUUUUGGUCAUUUGGUA